AGCAGAAAAAAAAAAGUGUGACAUGGAAAUAGACGUAGCUACGGACGCACGACUAUAUUUUCAGAUCUCUUAGACGUAAGCAUUUAUGUCGCGUAAAGGUUCAUUUGUUGAGGGCCGGUUUCCUAUAUAUGAACAUGUGACUUCAUAAAAUGUGCAACAGAGUCGCCCGCAAAACAGCAAGCCGCCUCAUAUCAGAAGCAAACUGCAGAACUGAGAAAAUCAUUUCAGAUAUCGCUGUAGGAAGAAAGCGCCUCAAACUUGCUCGUAAAACUGAGAUCAGAGGAGCCGGGCUGCGCAGCGUCAGCUGCCUUUUGAAACAUUUCAGUUCUGAAGUUGUGCGCGGCCACCAGAAGCGGCAGAUCUGCGCGCAGACACCCUUUUCCGUAAUCUCAUCUCAUUCUUCUUUAGCGUUUCUGCUGGCGUGCAUUGGGUUUUUUUUUUAACCAGUUUCUCAAGUGUGCGGACACCAGCCACACUGACUGGCUGCCACUGUAUUUUAUUUCAGUGCCUAUCACGUGGUGCAGUGACAGAAGCUCGCUGUCGGAAUGGGGGAACUAUAAGAAAGACUUUAAGUGAAAGCACUAAAAACAUUAUUUAACUGAAAGAAGGAAGGCGAUUUCAGCCGAACAGGGAGAAAUCAGAAAACUGAAAAAGCACUGGCUUCUUCGAAAAUGGAUGCGUCUCUGAGAGUUUAAUGCGCAUGGAUGAUUCAUAUUUCCAUUUAAGUCUGCCUAAGAUUGGUGCUUCUUCUGGAUCCCACUCCCGGUCCCAGGUGGUGAUGCCAUGCCCCGCAACCACAGCGGAGAUGAAGGCGGCUCUGGCCUCUGGAUGAAGAAUUCGCCGGGGCAUCGCGCUGCUGGAGGCUAUGCCUUGAAAGAUGUGGAGUCCGGCCGAAGGAUGAACAGGGCGAGGGAUGGCCCGGUGUCGGCCGGACUUGCUUCGACGACAGGUGCGGAGAACCAGAGCGGAAAGCAGGGGGCCCGCCUGAGCCUGCUGGGGAAGCCGCUCAUCUACAGCGCGCAGGGUGGCCGCAGAAACGUGCGCUACCGGAGGCUGCAGAACUACCUGUACAACGUGCUGGAGAGACCCCGCGGCUGGGCUUUCGUGUACCAUGCCUUCGUGUUCAUCCUGGUGUUUGGCUGCCUGGUGCUGUCUGUAUUCUCCACCAUUCCCGCUCACCUGGAGCUCUCGUCCCACUGCCUUGUCAUCCUGGAGUUUGUGAUGAUCGUGGUCUUCGGCCUGGAGUACAUCAUCCGCAUUUGGGCGGCCGGCUGCUGCUGCCGAUACCGAGGCUGGCAGGGCAGGCUGCGCUUUGCCAGGAAGCCCUUCUGUGUCAUCGACAUCAUCGUGCUCAUCGCCUCGGUGGCCGUGGUGUCGGCAGGCAGCCAGGGCAACAUCUUCGCCACAUCAGCAUUGCGCAGCCUGCGCUUCCUGCAGAUCCUGCGCAUGGUGCGCAUGGACCGGCGGGGCGGCACCUGGAAGCUGCUGGGCUCCGUGGUCUACGCCCACAGCAAGGAGCUGGUCACCGCCUGGUAUAUCGGUUUCCUGGUUCUCAUCUUCUCCUCGUUCCUGGUGUACCUGGUGGAGAAAGAGUUCAACGUAGACUUCAACACGUAUGCCGACGCCCUCUGGUGGGGCACGGUGACCCCCCCCACAAUCGGCUACGGGGACAAGACGCCCAAGACGUGGACGGGCCGCCUGCUGUCCGCCUUCUUCGCCCUGCUGGGAAUCUCCUUCUUCGCCCUCCCCGCGGGCAUCUUGGGCUCCGGCUUUGCUCUGAAGGUCCAGGAGCAGCACAGGCAGAAGCACUUCGAGAAGCGGCGGAACCCGGCAGCCAGCCUCAUCCAGUGUGUUUGGCGUAGUUAUUCGGCUGAUGAGAACUCGGUUUCCAUUGCUACCUGGAAGCCUCAUUUGAAGGCCUUGCAUACCUGCAGCCCUAUGAAGAAGGACCAGCUGGAAUCAUCCACAAGAGACCAUUCCCAUCUCUCUGGUGUGUCAAGAAAAGCAGGAGCUGUGAAGCAGCCUGACAGGACCGCGCAGAGUAAGCUUUUUAGUAGUAGAGAGAGAUUCUGCUGGAGGUUUACCUCGUGGAGACAUAGCCAGAAGCUGAGCUUCAAGGAGCGCGUGCGUCUGGCCAGCCCGCGGGGGCAGAGCAUCAAGGGCCGCCAUACGUCCAGCGGGGACCGGCGCUCCCCCAGCACGGACGUCGGCACCGAGGGCACCAGCCCAGCCAAGGUGCAGAAGAGCUGGAGCUUCAACGAUCGCACCCGCUUCCGGCCCUCCCUACGGCUCAAGAGCCAAUCACGUGCCACCCCAGAAGCAGCUGACACCAGCAUGGGCCCGGACGACGGCUUCGACGACAAGGGCUGCCACUGCGAGAUCUCUGUGGACGACCUGACGCCAGCGCUCAAGUCAGUGAUCAGGGCGGUGAGGAUAAUGAAGUUCCACGUUGCGAAGAAGAAGUUCAAGGAGACUCUGCGUCCGUACGACGUGAAGGAUGUGAUCGAGCAGUACUCUGCGGGCCACCUGGACAUGCUGUGCAGAAUCAAGAGCCUGCAGAGCCGGGUGGACCAGAUUCUGGGCAAGGGGCAGGUCCCUGUGGACAGGAAGAGGGAGAAGCUGCUGUCGGAGAGCGAGGUCCUGGACGACGUGAGCAUGCUGGGACGGGUCUGCAGGGUGGAGCGGCAGGUCCAGUCCAUUGAAUCGAAGCUGGACUCCCUCCUGGACGUCUACAGGCAGGUGCUGCGUAAGGGCUCGUCCUCGGCGCUGACCCUCUCCUCCCUGCCGCUCUUCGAGCUGGAGCAGACGUCCGACUACCAGAGCUCGGUCCUCACCAAAGACACGUCCAACUCCACCCAGGACAGCAGCCUCUCCCCCAGCUCCAACCUGCCCCGCGGCCUGCACCUCAUCCUGGCCCCCAACGAGCUGAGCCUCAACCUCCACAGCGCCCCCGUCUCAUUCAGCCCCUCAGCAAUGCCCCCAGGCUCCGAGGGCCCCGCCCCACCCAUAUUGACACCUAAUAACCUCUCGGGGGCCUCGUUCCCUAGCCUGGUCCGGCCCCCACCUCCGCCCUCCGCACCCACGACGCUCCAGCUGCCCGCUACCCUUGCGCCCCAUCGCAUGGUCACCGACGCCCCCGACAGUGCCCAGCCCUGCCCAAGGGCGGCCCCCUUGGGGGUGCAGCUUAGGAGCAAAUCUGGCGCCAAAGACGAGGUCUCUUGGCGGAGGCACAUGAGCCUGGAGAUUGACCCCCUGACACCGGCCGGCCACACCCUGGGCAAGUCCCUGUCAGCGCAGGACUUGAUGCAGCGGGGACCAGCCGAUUGCCCUCCCCACCUUUCCCACACCAGUAGCAGCAGCAACAAUUCCAGUGGCAGCUGCCGGGAUGCGGCGGGCCGCUGGGAGGAGGCUCAGCUCUUCAUCAGCGACAGGGACCUGGACACGCCAGCAGGGGGCGCCUUUGAGUUCUUGUCAGGGCGGACUUCAGAUGUCACUGGUACCUCAGAGCUGUUGAGGACAGGAGCCAGCGAUUCCUCCCACAGCGUGUUCGGCGGCCCAGCUGCUGAAGGCAGCUCCGAGUCACUUAGCAUGCCCCACGUACGGCUAAAAUAACACGCCCACCCCGCCCCCGUCACAUGCUGCACGGCACGGGCUUGGAGGCCACGCCUCUCUCUGAUGAGAAACAGACUGGGGGCAGAGUCACAGAAUGGGCAGGCUGACAUUCCUGUCAGCGCCCGGUUUUUAAAUUUGUUCAUCACCGAAAUGUACUGCUCGUCCACCUCUGGAUCUUCUCCCACAUAUCACUGCAUGGACUAUCCUAUAAAACAGCGGUUCCCAAUCCGGUCCUCAGGGACCCCCAGGCAGUCCAUGUUUUUCCUACCAGGACCUGGGAGGGAGCAGAAAUGUGUGCUGUCUGGUUGGAAGCUGGGCGAAAGCAAAAACGUGGACCGACUGUGGGUACCCGGAAACCGGACUGGGAAGCACUGGUUUUUAAAAAAAUAAAUAAAAGCAGGGAACAGAAGGGGGGAAGUGGGGGGUGGGAGGUGAUGGCCAUGGGUACGCCUGAAUGAACGAGACGAGGAAAGGCCACGGCAUGAGUGAACGAAAGUCCCGCAUGUGCUCUGCAUGUCCAAACGAAUCCACGCAGUGGCGUUUACAUUAAGGCUCAGUCAUGUACAGAGGGUGCAGUGGACCUUGGACCCCCUCCCCCCAAGGGUGUCUGUGGCAUUAAGGGGCGACAGUAUGGUGAAGUACCAUGUCAAAGGGGGUGGGG